GGGGGCGGCGAAAAGCCACGAUGAACACGCUGGCCGAUGAAGACGACCAUCAGCUGGACAGUAUGGCCAGGAACUCCCUGGUUCUCAUGGAGGACCGCGACGGCCACGAGACCAUGCGAGCCUCGCUGGUGUUUGAAGAGGACAGCACGGAGUUGAUCAAACUCAUCCAGUCAGCGGCCUCUGGUGGGCGUGGGGAGGAAGCCCCUGACGAUGGGCUGGAGACUCCCGGCCGCCACUCGGAGCACAGCCACCCCCACUCCCACCACCACCCCCACUCACAGGAUAAGUCUUAUUCUAGUCCACGCAAAAUGCCGGAAAAACUUGCCAAAGACAUCGACAAUCGCAUCGGGUCUCCUCUCAGGAAUAGCUCCUCUGGAAGCCCCUCCAAGUUUGUGUUCAAAAACCGUGAUUCCGUUGAUGAAAAACGUCGGAGCAAAGUGGUGGCCCUUGGAAAACCCCCGAUCCACGCUUCCACCAAACGAGAGAAAAGCUUUGACGGCGCCACUGGCCUGGCGAGCGAGCUGGGGCGCCAGGCAGGAAGCACAAACUCUUUAUCGUCAAACCGGGAUCGAGAAUCGUCCCUUCCAUCUUCAAAACCUAAGUCAAUUUUAAAAGACAAAAAUGCCUCGAUGAGUGAACGCAAUUCUAAUGGUGACAAUCGGUUCCUGGGCGAGGCGUCUGCCCCGUCUGUGGAGCCAACCAGCGCCGAUGGCCGGGUCAUCGUCACCAUGAAGGACGAGCCAAACCUGGGCACGCCCAGAGAGCAAAGUCCCCGCCGACCGCCCGGCCCCCGCCACGCCAUGAGUAAACCGCGGGAGUCGGAGUCGGCCUCGGGCUACCAUAUACGUCGGUUCAGUCGCCAGGGAUCCUCGUCCUCCGCCUCCCCUCGUGGGUACGCAGACGCGCGCUCUCUGGCCAUGCCUGAGGCAGACGGAGGGCCGGUCCCCAAGCCCCCCCCAGGCCAUGCACCCAAGAAUGCCGUGGUCUCUGCUAGGAUUUGGAUUUCGGGCAUGCAUAAGGACAAAUCCCUAGGCGCCGGCGGUACAAGUUGGCGUCGAGCAGUGUGAGCCCGCGCGAGGCCAACAGCCCCUAGCAUAGCCCAACAGAGCCCCAACUACCUCCAACCUUGUUGUUGUUAGCCACACGUCUUUCUGUACAAAAACUUGGUCGUCGCUUAGCAUUCUCCACAGCCAUCAUGGUGUAGAAAUGUGUGUCACUGCCGCUGUGUUACACUGCAAUAAACUGGGAACAAGCU